GUAGCAACAGGUUCGACUUGACAACCAGGAAGUCAUGUUUGUUUAUCUCGGGAAAAGUGUAAGCAAGACAAUUGCGCGUUUUUUUAUUCUAAGGAUCUCGGUAGCGAGCUUAAGCAUGGGAAGCAAGUCGGUUUUGCCCACAAAAGACCAAGCUUUGAAAGGCAGAGAGGAGAAAAUGGUCGUGGCAGCGAAACAUGCAGCCACGGGGAAGCCCACAGUGGAGCCAUUUCCUGUUGGGACAGAGACGAUCAUGUUUGGUAUGGGCUGUUUUUGGGGUGCAGAGAGACGAUUCUGGACUAUUUCUGGAGUGUUUUCUACUCAGGUGGGAUACGCAGGUGGAUUCACCCCCAACCCCACCUACAAGGAAGUGUGUGCAGGUCUGACGGGUCACACAGAGGUGGUGCGAGUGAUCUACACUCCUAAAGACGUGGGCCUGGAGAAACUGCUGAAGGUGUUCUGGGAGAGCCAUGACCCCACUCAAGGUAUGGCUCAGGGAAAUGAUAAAGGUACACAGUAUCGCUCUGCUAUCUACACAUACAGUCCAGAACAACUGGAGCAAGCCAUGAAGAGUAAGGAGGCCUACCAGCAGGCUCUGAAGCAGAAAGGGCUGGGUGAGAUCACAACAGAAAUCAGACAGAACACUGUCUUCUACUAUGCUGAGGAUUACCAUCAGCAGUACCUGCACAAAGUGCCUAAUGGUUACUGCGGGUUAAAGGGCACCGGGGUCUCCUGCCCUUUCAGCUCCAACAAGGACGAACUUUGACUCAGAGGCCACUGGGAAGCAUGAACGCUUUUCUUACUCAGGUGUUUACUUCGUAAACACCUGAGUAAGGCAUGAGUGAGCACUAGUGUGUGUGAAAAUCAAUACAGGCUGAUGGUAAUUAAUUAAAUACAGGGAAUGUAUAAUGCAUGAAUAAUUGUAAAAAAAAAUAUACAAUAAUAAUAAAAAAAAUAUAUUUUUAUGCAAAACAUUUGGAAUCUUUUGUGCUGUGUGCUCUAAACAAAUAAAGUCAGUUUUAAAGGGA